AUGAAGUCUGACACUCACCUGCAGGAGUACGAUGGCGAGUUGAGCUUCGCCACCGAUGCUUGGACCUCGCCGAACCAUAAGGCAAUCGUCGCGUUCAUGGUCCACUUGCAGCAUAAGGGCGUGCCACUCCGAAUGGUCCUCGAUGUUGUCGAAGUCGCGGACUCCCAUAGUGGUGUCAACCUUGCCGCUGCAUUUGCGAAGAUGGUGGAUGAUUUCAAAAUUGCUAUAAAGAUGCUUGGCAUCACCACGGACAAUGCAUCGCCAAACGAUGUCAUGAUCGACGAGCCCGCCAAGUUGAUCGAGUCGUUCCAAGGCCAGGCAAACCGUGCACGAUGUUUUGACCACAUCAUUAAUCUCGUGGCCAAAAGCCUGCUGCACCAGUUCGACGUCCCGCAGAAUGGAGCUGAUGCGGCACUCGAUGACGCUGAAAAUGCCCUUUGUGAGCUGGCGAAGGAUUUGGAACUCGGAGUGAGAGAAGGAGGUGAGGAGGGGGAGCCACCGGAUGAUAUUGAGGGCCUCCAGGAUGAACGCGAGGGGAUGUCCGUGGAGGAUCGCACAGCACUCGAUGCGAGCGUGCAGCCUGUUAAGCUCGUUCUUGUUAAGUUGCGUAAGAUCGCGUCUGCGAUCAUACACUCGUCAACGAAGCUCUUGCCGGCUUGGUUGAAGGUGCUGGCAGACUUGGAGCUGGCAGAGAGAAAGAUGCCUCGGAAUGUCGUCACGCGAUGGAACUCGACCUUCCGGAUGUUGGAAUUUGCACUGGAGUACCGGCUGGCAGUCGAUGAGAUGACAGGAGACAGAGCGAUGGAGCUGCGAAGAUAUGAGAUGGACGACAAUGAAUGGGAGAUAGCGAAACAGCUGUGUGACGUCCUCAAGGUCUUCAACGACGCAACCUUGUACUUCUCGUGCGACACACCUAGCUUACCCAUGGUUAUUCCGGCCAUGGAUAUCAUCGACGAGAAGCUGACGAAUGACUCUCUCGACUCCGACUAUGAGCCCUGUAUCCGCGCUGCCCUCGGGAUGGCGAAGAAGACGCUGAAUCGCUACUACAACAAGACUGAUCCUUCCAACGUGUACCGCAUCGCAAUGGUGCUACACCCCUCCCACAAACUGCAGUACUUCCGGAAUGCCGGUUGGCAGGUGGAAUGGAUCACAACAGCGAGGGCGCUGGUCUGCGAAGAGUAUGACCGUGCUUAUGCACAAUGUGCAGUGAAUGUCGAGCCUACUCAGAUGAAGCAAUCGGAAUGCACGCCAUCUAGCAACAUGUUCGACAACCUCCUGAACACGAAUGUCUCCAAGGGCGAAGACAAUCGUGAUGAGCUCGAAUGCUAUCUCGAUGCUGACACGGAGCGUGUCGACAGUGACACACUUGGCUGGUGGUACGCGCGGUGCAAGGAGUUCCCUCAUCUAUCGCGGAUGGCCAUGAGUUAUCUUACCAUUCCCGCCACGUCUGUUGACGUUGAGCGCAUCUUCAACAAGGGGCGCAUAUUGUUACCACAUCUGCGAAAUGGUCUCUCCGCAGAGUCUAUCCGUGCUCUUCUGUGUCUUGCGGAGUGGAGCCGACUGGGGUUUGUACAUGAUACUGAUGUCUUGGCUGUUGUCUCUCUCCCUGAGGCUCAAGAGGAUGAUGAUGGCCUUGAGGAUGGGUGGGAUAACAUUCUUUGGGAUUAG